CAAACAGCACGCGUUUUGAUCUCCGUGACUGAACUGACUCGAAAUGACUUUCAACAGAAACGACUUGAAGGUGAUCUCCAACAUCCAGGUUAUCAUCUGUGGAGUGCUUUUCGUUUUGGGGCUUAUUGAUGGUCUCAGCGUGCGUUUUAUGUAUUCAAGUUUGACUUUCACCCCCUGUUGGAUAGCGAUCCUUGUGUUGGCCGCUAGUAUCAUGGGCGUGACUUUAAGCGGCAUGCAAAGACCUUCCUUAACUCUGAUGAACGCCUUGCAGUCUGUGAGCGUAGCCUGUGCUGCAGUAUCAGCGAUAACCGUGUACCACUAUCUGGUAGCUUUGUCCAGUUUGAUGGCUUUGGGUUAUACCUCAACGCUAAGGAGAGGUUACUAUAAUAAAGAUCCCUUUUUCUUUGAUUCGGACCAGCUGGCAGACGUAAACUUUACCGCAAAGCAAAACUCCAUGGUGGCUGUAUCUUCCCUGAUCAUCAUAUGCUCCAUCAUUGAGAUCAUUCUUGCGGUGGCAGCCAUCAGGAGCAGUAAUAUAACUGGUCAGAGCUCGCAGGAACAGCAAGUAAGCAUUUGCUAUGGCCAGCUUGAAGCUGGUCAGGUGCCGAUCCAAAUGCAAGGGCAGCCCACCUCAGUUGAAGCCCAACCAGUGGUGGCUAUUCCAGAAUCUGGCGCUUGCCCAGGGUACACUAAUAAUUAGUAGCUACAGUCGAACCUUUAUUAAGCCGUCACCAUGUAUUAAGAUGUCAGUUGAAAUUGUUGAAGUCCCGAAUGUUUUAUUCCUUAAUCACUGUAAACUGCACCUAUAUUAAGCGGUCACGUCUAUUUGGCGGUCGUAGUCACCGUUUACUAAGUCCCAACGGCCUGUUUUUUAUUGUCUUUAACUUGUAUUGAACGGUCACUUUAAAUGGGACCACUCAAAUAAAACUAAGAAUGCUAUUUUAAGUUCUUUUUAAUCUAUGUUUCACUACAACAAUAAAAGUAAUAUUUGCGAGCGAGAUUCCGCAUA